AGUAUGGUCUAGAUAUCUAGAGCCUGAAACAAGCAAAGCCCUACGGCAGAAGAUCAAGGCGCGAACAUUGCCUGAAAUUAGGAAAAACAAAACAAUAUGAACUAUAGAUGAUAGUCAAAGAUAGCUCAGCAGGAUGAAGAGAAAGAACAGACAAACCACUGACAAUGAUAGUCAGCCACCUGUGGCUAAAGUUGCCAGGCAGGAAUCAGACCCUGAAGAUGACGAGGAGCUCAUGGAUAUGUCACAAAGACCUGACUGUCCCUCAGACCCUAAAGAGGCAGAGGUUGGAAUUAUUGAAAAAAUCUCACUGAAGAAUUUCAUGUGUCAUAAUCGACUAGAUAUUCCAUUCGGGCCAAACAUCAAUUUUAUUGUUGGAAAUAAUGGAAGUGGUAAAAGUGCUGUCAUCACUGCCCUGGUUGUUGGACUUGGUGGCAAGGCUGCUGUUACAAACAGAGGCUCAAAACUGAAAAGUUUUGUAAAAGAUGGAAAACAAGUUGCCGAGGUGGAGAUCAGGUUGCGUAAUAGAGGAGUGGAUGCUUUCCGUCCUGAUUUGUAUGGAAACACCAUCAGUGUUCAUAGAAAGUUCAAUGCUGAUGGGAGCACCCAAUAUAAACUUGCUUCCGAGAAUGGUAAAGUGAUAUCAACGAAGAAGGAUGAUCUGUCCAGGAUACUGGAUCAGUUUAACAUACAAGUAGAUAAUCCAGUGGCAGUGUUAAAUCAGGAUACAUCCAGAAACUUCCUCAAUAGUAAAAGUCCUCAAGAUAAAUAUAAGUUUUUUCUGAAGGCAACACAACUAGAGCAGAUAAAGGAGGACUAUAAUACUGCCUCCGAUCGUAAAGAAUUAACUAAAGAGAUUAUUGCUAAAAAAAUGGAAACAUUGCCAAAGCUUGAGAAAGAAGUACUGGAAUGUGAACAGAGAUACAAAUCACUGACGGCUAUCAAAGAAUUGGAGGUUAAGACUAAAAAGUUGAGGGAGGAAAUGGCCUGGUCAUUUGUUAUAGAAAAAGAAAAGGGUAUUACACCAGUUGAAAAAGAAUACAGGCAUGAGGAAGCAAGAUUACCAAGGUUUAAAGCAAAGGCAGAUGAAGCUAAGAGUAGCCUCGACAAAAUGAAUCAGCAGAUGCAAGAACUUACAGCUCGAUUAAAUGAAUCUGGAGAAGAGGUGAAACAACUGCAGCCAGCUCAUCAUAAAGCUAGAAAUGCUCUCAAUGAACAGAAAAAACUCACCAGAAAUGCACAAAUGGAGGUUAAAAGAUUGGAGUCAGCUAUCCACACCAGGACAAAGGAGAAGAAGUCUAUAGAAGAAAGAAUUGCAGACAUACAGAUGAGUUCACGUGAUGACUAUGAAAAUGAAAGAAGGGCACGGAUGAAGAAGAUUGAAACUCUAGAAGGGAAAGUUGCCAGUUUACAGGCUCAGGAAACCACAACAGAUCAUCAGCUUGACCAGUUUAGAAAUGCAAUACAGAAAUACAAGAAUGAUAGGUUUAAGUUAGGACAAGAUCAUCAAGUCAGUCAGACUCAGAUAGAUAAACAUCAAAGGAAUCUCCAGUCAUUGAAAGCCUCUCAGGGAAACAGACUUAAACGGUUUGGACCAUUUAUGCCUCAACUUAUACAAACUGUAGAUGAAUAUGCUCGCCUCGGAAGGUUCCACAAGAAACCUAUAGGUCCAUUAGGUGCAUGUUUUACUCUUGCUGAUCAGAAAUGGGCAUUAGCUGUUGAAUGUUGUCUGAAAGGUUUGAUGAACUCAUUCUGUUGUCAUGACUACCAUGAUGAGAAACUACUGGAACAAAUCAUCUCUAACGUUUGUCCACAAUAUAAACCUACCAUCAUUGUCAGUAAAUUUAAGGACAGGGUCUAUGAUGUCUCAGAGAAGAGGGCAGACAAUAGCAAGUUCUAUUCAGUGCUGGAUAUGGUGAAAUGUGAUCAACCAAUGGUUUAUAAUACACUUAUUGAUCAGAGGACAGUAGAAUGUGUGUUGCUCAUUGAUGAUGGCAGAAUGGCAAGGCAGGUGAUGGACCCUGAUAAGAGACCAGGUCCUCCCAGGAAUUCUAGAGAAGCAUUUACUGCUCAAGGGGAUCAAGUAUUCAGUUUCCCAACAUUCCGAUAUUACUCCAGCAACCAGGACAAAGCCAAGUUUCUUACUGCUAAUGUAGAGGAGGAUAUAGCAGCUCUAGUCAGUCAGAUAGAGGUGUUACAUCAAACACUGUCUCAGAUAAAACAACAGAAAACACAGCUUGACUCGGAGAUUCAGGUCAACACAAAACAGGAGAGGAAAGCAGAAACCACUUUGAUGAAGAUCAGAGAAGAGAAAAGAAAACUGUCACUGGAAAUUAGUGAGUUGAAAAACAUUGAGGAUCCAGCACCAGUAGAUGUUGCUACUUAUGAAGAAGAAGUGAAGAUGUUAGAAGAGUUGCUAGCUAAUGAUACAGCUCAGUUAGAGAGUAAGACAACUGUUUAUCAGGAACAAGAACAGGUACAAGAGAAACUGCAAGAAGCAUACAAGGAAAUUGAUGUUCAAAUAAGGUCCAAAAUUGAUGCUGGUGAUGCUAUAAAGGAAGGUGUUGGCAAUGUUGUUAAUGAAAUAGAGACAUGUAAAACAAACAAGAAACAUUAUGACAGCAAGCUGAAAGAACAGGAAAAGAAAAUUAAAGAACUUAAAGAGAAACUGGAUAAAUACAAGGCUGAAAUUGAGAGUGAUGUGGAAAAGGCUCAGACUAUUCACAGUGAAAGAAUAAAUACUCGAAGGUCCCCUACUAACUUGAAAAGUGAGAUUCUGCAGAUAGAAAAACAAAUAAAAAAUGAAGAAAAAAGGCGGGGAGACCCAGAUGAAAUUACCAGAAACUAUAAAGAAAAAAAAGAUUCUUAUUUAAAAAUAAAAAAUGAAGUGAAGCAGCUUAGAAAAUUUAUUGAGCAACUAGAUAAAGCAUUAAAAAUCCGAGUAGAUGCAGUUAAUAAGAUACGUCAGAGUUUAACAUGGAGGGUUAAAGUGAUUUUUAUUAGAAUCCUUAAUGCCAAUCCAUCAUUGGAAGGGAAACUUGAAAUUUCUAAUAAAAGAGAAAUUAUACUUUUAGAUGUUCAACCAUCUAAAACUGUAACAACUGAAGGUGUGAAAGAUUUGAGAUCACUGUCUGGAGGUGAAAGGUCAUUCUCUACUGUAUGUUUUAUCCUGGCUCUCUGGGAAGCUAUGGAGUCACCAUUUAGAUGCCUUGAUGAGUUUGAUGUAUUUAUGGAUAUGGUAAACAGAAGGAUAAGUAUGCAGUUGAUGAUGAAUACUGCUCAAGCAAAGACAGACAGACAGUUCAUUUUCCUGUCACCACAAAAUAUGAGUAAUCUUGGUAUUACAUCAACAAAUAUGACAAGGAUAUUUAAAAUGCCUAAUCCAGAACGAGGACAGAAAACUCUACAAUUCCCCUCUACAAGCAAGGAGUAACUGAUUCAAUGGAGAAGUGUGUGCAACUAGUCAGCAGUUUUUAUUUGAACAGUUGGAUAUUCUAGUUUUUGUGUCAGGUGAUUUUGUGUUUUUGUGACGGUGAUACAAAAUUAUGAGUGACUCAGAAGGUUUAGUCAAAAUUAUGAAUGACACAGAAGGUUCUGUUCAGAUAUGAAUAUUUUUGCAGGAGAAUCUGAAAUACCUGUCUCUGAUGAAAAUAUAUGAUCUUAUCAGUUCCCACACUUUAGUUGUUGAUGGGAGGACGUGUAAUAGAAUAGUUAGUAAUAUUUUGACAAAGAUUAUGAUUUUAGUUUGUUAGUUUUCAGUUUUGACAGUUCAGUGAUUAUGUGAAGGUACAGAAAUUGAAGGAGAACCAGACUAUGGAAUGUGAUGAUGUAUAAAUCCUGUGAUAUGUAUAUAUGUGGUUUUAUUUAGACAAGAUAGCAAACAAAAAACUGAUGUGUUUGUACUCCAUGUUUGCACAGUGAGAACUAC